CCUAGACGGAAUAAUGUGAUGACCGAUCAGAAAAGGGCGUGACGUAAUAGAUUGGUGGAACUGUGCCGUGGGAGAGAUCCACGAAGGCCGCCCCCCCUCCGUUAGCAUUUGCAAACCCAAACGAAACCUUCUUUCUUCUACUUUUUCUACUCUCCCAAUCACUUCCACCUUCUUCUCUCUCUCUCUCUCUCUCUCUCUCUCUUAAACCUCUGCACUUCCUUCUUAAGCUAGGGUUUCCUUGGCGAUCCAUUCAAAUUGCAAGGGAGGCGGCCAAUCCGUCUUCAUCUUCUCCGGACUCUGUUUUUCUUUUCGGAAAACAACCAUUUGCAUCGCUGCUUUUCCUGUUUCUUUGUUUCUUUGUUUCUUUGUUUCUUUGUUUCCUUUCCCUUUCUCUCUAUCUUCUAUAUGCGGUUGAUAGGGUUUUGGAGAUUUCUUGUUUGGGAGGAGGGUUUUUGAUGAUUGGCCCGGGAAUCUGAGUGAAGUUCAACUUAGUGGCGAUUUCGCGAUUUUCCUGUCUUCGAGGGUUCUGCUUGCUCGAGUUUUUGGGGGAGAUAUAGCUAUGGCUUCUUACAGGCCAUAUCCUCCACAAUCGUCUUUCGGUCCUGCACCAGGUCAAAACCCGGUACCGCCUCCACCAACGCAAUCGGCUUCCGUUCCAGCGCAACAGCGAGGAGGAGGUAGUCAAUAUAAUCAGAAUUGGGGUGGUUAUGGCGGUGAUGGGUCCAUGCCUCCUGCUCAAUCUUCGUCGUAUCCCCAGAAUUACAACCAAGCUCAUCAAAGUUCUAAUUACCACCAGCAACAUUAUGGUCCGCCGAGAAGCCAACACCCUCCACCUCCUCCUCCUAACCAGUCGUAUCCUUAUGCACCACAGCCGCCGCCACCGCCUCCGGAUUCUUCAUAUCCACCGCCUCCGCCCCCUCCAGCGCCUUCGCAACCUCCUAAUCUUUACUACCCCCCUUCACAGUCAAUGCAGCCACCACCUCCGCCCUCGUCUCCACCACCGAGCUCUUCAAUCCCGCCACCUCCACCCCCAAAUUCUCCACCACCUCUAUCAGCGCCUCAGCAAAAAGCAGAGGGUACAAACAUGGGAGCACACGAACGCGAUAAAGGGGUUUCAAAGGAUCCCUCAUAUGGUAGGCGUGAUCGUGAAAAUUCAAAUCAUGAUAAACACCAGAGGCAUUCUGGUCCCCCAAUGCCUCCCAAGAAAGCAAACGGUCCUUCAGGGAGAAUGGAGACAGAUGAUGAGAAAAGACUGAGGAAGAAGAGAGAGUUCGAAAAACAAAGGCAAGAUGAGAGGCACAGACACCAUCUAAAAGAAUCCCAAAACACUAUACUGCAAAAGACCCAGAUGUUAUCUACUGGGAAGGGGCAUGGAUCAAUUGUAGGAUCCCGAAUGGGGGAAAGGAAGGCCACUCCUUUUCUAAGUGGUGAGAGGAUAGAAAAUAGGUUGAAGAAGCCAACAACAUUUUUGUGCAAGUUGAAAUUCCGGAACGAGCUUCCAGAUACAAGUGCUCAGCCGAAGCUCAUGUCACUACGGAAAGAGAAAGAUCACUAUACAAGAUAUACAAUCACAUCACUAGAGAAAACGUACAAACCUCAGCUUUACGUGGAGCCGGAUCUUGGAAUACCUCUCGAUUUGCUUGACCUCAGUGUAUACAACCCUCCUAGUGUUAGAAUACCCCUUGCUCCUGAAGAUGAGGAAUUGUUACGUGAUGAUGUUUUGAAAACUCCAGUUAAAAAGGAUGGUGGUAUAAAAAGAAAAGAGCGUCCUACUGAUAAAGGUGUUGCCUGGCUUGUUAAGACGCAGUAUAUCUCUCCUCUCAGCAUUGAAUCGGCAAAGCAGUCGUUGACUGAAAAACAGGCCAAAGAACUGCGAGAAAUGAAGGGAGGACGCAAUAUUCUUGAGAACCUAAAUAAUAGGGAACGGCAAAUUAAGGAAAUUGAGGCAUCCUUCGAAGCAUGCAAGUCACGCCCUGUUCAUGCCACUAACAAGAAUUUAUAUCCUGUUGAGGUUUUACCUCUUCUACCUGAUUUUGAUAGGUAUGAUGAUCCAUUUGUUGUGGUGGCGUUUGACAGCGCUCCAACAGCUGAUUCAGAGACUUUCAACAAGUUAGACCAAUCCAUUCGUGACACUCAUGAAUCACAGGCUAUAAUGAAAAGCUAUAUGGCAACAGGCUCAGAUCCUUCAAAGCCUGAGAAAUUUCUUGCGUACAUGGUUCCUUCUCCAGAUGAGCUAUCGAAGGAUAUUUAUGAUGAACAAGAAGAUGUCUCAUAUUCCUGGGUUCGUGAGUACCAUUGGGAUGUACGGGGUGACAAUGUGGAUGACCCCACUACAUAUCUCGUUUCAUUUGAUGAUACAGAAGCUCGUUAUGUGCCACUUCCUACAAAGCUUGUUCUUAGAAAAAAGAGGGCUAAAGAAGGGAGAUCAAGUGAUGAGGUCGAACAUUUUCCUGCACCUGCAAGAGUGACUGUAAGGAGAAGACCUACCGUAGCUACUUUGGAAGUGAAGGAUCCAGGGGUUUACUCGAAUUCGAAAAGAGGAUCGGAUAUUGAAGAUGGUCUUGGGAGAUCACAUAAACAUGAUAGACACCAAGACAUGGAUCAAUACAGUGGAGCUGAAGAUGAGAUGUCUGAUUGAUUAACUCUUUGGUACAACCAAUUUAAUUUGGCUUCCCAUGGAUUAUCUACCUGAUGCAAACGCCGCUAAUCUGGCAGUGACUCGGCCCAAAAAUUUUUAUACCACCAGAUGUUUAUGGUGCUGUGUUGAGUGUGUACGUUACAUACCCCUAUUGCCACACUAACUUAGUACUUGUUUGCAUUAUUGAAUUUCUUAAUUUAAUCUGUAUAGUUUCUUCGGCACGGCAAGAAAAACGAAAUAUGAAAAAAAGGUUUUACAUUAAACACUUCCAUUUGUUGUAAUGAUCUUAAGAUGAUUCCUUUA